AAUAAACAAGAACAGAAUUGGACGGCGCUAAAUUAAAAACUAAAUUUAGGACCAUGGCGUGGACUGAAUUAUAAAGCAGGAAGCGUGCGAACGGCCUGGGAUCGGAAUAAUCGGGCUGGGUAAUUCAGGAACCAGGAGCACCACAUCGAGAAAAAAAGAAGUGUCCCAUUGAUUUUUCGCCCAAGAGCUAUUAAAAACAGGAAGUUAGAAGUGCUGGAAUUUUUGGCCUGCAAAUCGGCAAAAUGAGUGGCGACGAAAGCGGCGAGGAGAAGCACAUCCUGAACUUGUCCAAGCAGAAGCUGAAGAAGGUGCCCAAGCAGGACGACGCGCACAGCAUCCGGCAGCUCAUCCUGGAUGAGAACGAGCUGCAGAAGAUUGACAAUAUAGACUCGUACCUCAAGAUUGAAACGCUCUCCCUGGCCAGGAACCAACUGCUGCGGAUGUAUGGCGUCUGCCGGCUGCACUGCCUCCGCGAACUGAACCUCUCCUUCAACGGCAUACUCUCCAUCGAGGGCCUCAAGGAGUGCCUCCACCUUCGCGUACUGAACCUGGAGGGGAACAACAUAAAGACCAUCGAGCACCUGAACACGAACGUUAGUCUGGAGUCGCUGAAUCUGGCCGAGAACAGCAUUGGCAGCAUCUCGGAUGUGUCCUAUUUGCGCAACCUGAAGGAGCUCUAUUUGCACGGAAACCGCCUGACGCAUCUGAGGCAGUGCGAUAAGUAUUUGCCCACCUCUCUGGAAACCCUUACGCUGGCCAAGAAUGGCAUCAACGAUCUCAACGAGAUCUGCACGCUGUCUCAUCUAAGCAAUCUGCUGAGCAUUUCCAUCACGGACAAUCCCUGUGUGAACAUGACCAACAGCUUAGAUGGCUUUGACUACCGACCCUUCGUUUUGAACUGGUGCAUGAGCCUGAAGUACAUCGACGGCUAUGUGGUGGAUCCCAUCGAGAGCCUCAAGGCGGAGUGGCUCUAUAGCCAGGGACGUGGUCGCCAGUUUCGAGUGGGCGAGCAGUCGAGCCUGGCCAAAUACCUGAGCUCCAUGUGCCCGCUGGUGGGAAAAGCCCUGGAAAAUGAGAACGACAGGAAGCUGCGCUUGAUCCUCAGCAAGGCGCAACACCACCAGCGGCAGUUGCAGGAAGAGAUCUUGGAUAAUGCCAAUAGUUCCGCCAGCACUUCGCCCUCGUCCCAUCGCAAGAAGCCCACUAGUCGCAUUCAGUCGCCCAGAUUCUCCCGUUUGAGUGGCCGCCAGGGAUCGCCGGAGUCCAUGGCGAACAGCUACCACGGCAACAGCGGCAACAACAGCAUCGUUGGAGACAAUGGAUCUGCGAACCACUCGCUGCAGAUGAGCAUCUCGCUGAUCGAGAACAUCAAGAACGAUGGCGAGGGCUUCUCGCUGGCCGGCAGCGGAAUGUCCAGCAGCGUGACCACCAAGACCUACAACUCCACGGAGUCCACGCCUAGGAAUAUAACCCCAAAUCCUUACAACGAUCAAACGUUCGUCAGUCAAACUCCAUCUGGAGGCCCAUUGGCAGCUGCCUCGAAGAUGGUCCCUGUUCCGGAAACCCUAAUGAGUCCGGACGUCUGUCCCGCCGCCGUGGCCCAAAGGGUUACGGUCACCGCUCUCAACUCGCAGCUGCACAAGACCAAGGUCAACAAGAACAAAGACAACAAACUGAACUUGCCGAGAGUGCGAAGUCCGCAGCUGAAGAGGAACCAGAGUCCCACGAGCAGUCCACGGAGGAUGGCCACCAAAUCUAGCGGCGAUAAAAUGCAGCACCAGCAGCAGCAGGAGAAGCUUCAGGCAUCCGGAGUAAUGGUGGACUCCGGUGGCUUUAGCACCGACGACGACGGCGAGCAGAUCAACAUCGAGAAACUGAGGGUAAUCAGGAAGAUGGCUGCCCAAAAGCAGCAGAUGCAGAUGCACCAGCAGGAGCAAGUGAAGCAGCAGCAGGUGGACAACAGUCUGAACUGCGAGGAUCGGUUGAUCGAGCACGUGACGGAGUCCUCGGCCGUUACCAUCCAAAAGAUGUGGCGGGGCUAUCAUACGCGCAAGAAGACCAACAAGGACAUAGCCGAGCGAUUGCAGCGACGACGCACACAGGAGUAUAUCGAACAACUCGGCAAGGACAUGCUAUUGACCAAGGCCCAGCUCGAGAACGAGCGCAAGAUCCAGCAGCUGCAGAUGCAGGCCAUCAAUGCGCUGUGGAAGAAGGUGUCCACCAUGGAGGUGGAUCCGAAGCCCACGGAUCAGGGCGAGGACGCCAACGGCGGGGGCUCUGGCCACCUGAGUCUCGAUCAGAACUCCGCCGCCGUGGUCAAUGACUUGGCCAAAAGGUGCACCAUGCUCACCGAUCAGGUUCAGAUGCUGCAGAGCUCGAUCGGAACCAUUGUCAAUUGCCUCACGAUGGUGUGCAAUCUGCCCCAGGACGCUAUUAAGAAGCAGGCCGAGAUCAUCGACUGCAGCUCCACUCAGACGGACCUGAUAGCCGUACACACACCGCAAAUCGAGGAUCUCACUAACUUCCCCUUCACCAAAACCAGACCUUCGACUUUGGCUCUGGAAACAAAGCACGAAUCGCUCGCUUGCCCCAAAAUCGAUGAACUGAACGAUGUCGAUGGCCUCAAGGAGACCGACGAGUCGGCUCACCUCGAAAAAGAAGCAUGAAAAAUCCCAGUUAAUAAAUGAGGAGUUUAAACGCUUUAA